GGAUAAAACGGAGCCCCGGACUGAUCUGUGCUCACUGCGUCUUCCUGUUGUUCACCUGACGCUGCUCAGCUUGUUCACCAGUUCACCAGUUUACCAGUUCACCAGUUCACCAUGCUGCUGAGGAUCAUCUUCAUCCUGCUCUCUGUGACCGCCUUGACCAGAGCGGCUGCUGUUCCGGUUGGCGUUCAGUCAGGCAUGGUUUCGUGUGAGAGAUAUUCCCUGCCCUUGUGCACGCGCGAGUACGACCCGGUGUGCGGAUCCGACGGUACGACCUACCCCAACGAGUGCACGCUGUGCUUCGCCAUUAUGAACCGGAAGCUGGACACCUACAUUAUAAAGAAAGGGGAAUGUUAGAUGAACUGGCAACUGUUCAUUAGUCUGGAUUAAAAUGUAGAUCUAUGAUGUCUAGAACUAUCUAGUGUUUAAUCUAGAACACUUCUGUAUUGUAAAAUCUGUAUUUUUCUUUUAUCUGUUUUUAAUCAUAAAUAAAUGGCGGGAGGUUGUUGCCAAAUCUUCCACCAAUCCUC